GCCUGUAACCCUUUGCGUGCCUGGAAGCGGAGCGUAUUCCAGCUGACGUCCGAUCGAUCUGGCAGGAGAAUGCAUUCCGCACACUGGGAGAAACGAGCUCGCGCAAUGCCGAUUAGACAAGGCCCUGAUCAAGAUACGGGGAACGAGCUCGUCUUGUCCCGCGUUUGGCUACCCAGCGUCUCGGGGAGAAAAAUCGGCUCGCCGAGAUAACAGCGACGCUGCCGCUGAAAACAAUCGCGAUCGGUGCCGAGGAAUCCAGGACGAUGCAUGUACGUACGCCCACGAUGCUUCAACUCUAAUUCGUGUUAACUAAACUGUCUUCUAAACCCGAAAGAACAACUAAGCAUCGCAGCAUGCACGCAGACAGCCGACGUUGUGUGGUGCCGUUGCCGUGGCGCCGCCGCCGCGCCCUGUCCGCGCUCACGGCCGCCUGGCUCCUGUCCUGCUGGUGCGGCUCCGCGUCGGCCACCCUGUGCAACCAGCUCACCAUGCUGCCGGACGAGUGCGAGUGCGACAUGGACGCCGACGGCAGACUCACGCUGCGCUGGGCGGGCACCCACGUCAACAGCCUGCUCGGCGACCUCGAGAAGAUGGCCGAAACCAACAUUUCCCUCCACGAGAUGCAGAUUCGUGACUCGGAUCUGGAGGAGUUGAAGAAGGGAUUCCCCGCGGCCAUCAAUGAGCACAUGGAGCGUCUGACGCUGGACAACACUCGCAUCGGCCAGGUCUACAUCGGAAACAUCAUCAGACCCAUUAAGAACCUGCGCAGUCUUCAGCUGCACAACGAGACCAUUCAGCAGGUGGAGGCUAACAUGCUGGACUCGCUGACACUGCUCGAGGAGCUGGGCAUCAACGAGGCCAACCUGGUGACGGUGCGCGAGAACGCCUUCGUCAAGCUGAACCUGAGCCACCUGUCGCUGCGCCACAACCACCUAACCCAGAUCCCGGACGCCGUGAGCAAGCUGCCCUUCCUGCGCGAGCUGGACCUCUUCGAGAACCCCAUCGAGGUGGUGUCCGACCAGGAGGCGCUCGUCUUCCAGUCCAACCUCAAGCUGCUCCGGAAGCUCGUCAUGAACAAAGUGCAGUGCGACUGCGAACUGGGCAAGGGCGAGUUCCUCUCGUGGAUCCGGCGUGCCAACAUCAGCGGCGUCAAGUGCGGCGAGCCCCCGUUCUUGCUGGGCAAGGACGUCACCGGACUGACCACCAAGCAGUUCUGCGACGACGCGGGGAGACCGGCGGCCACGCUGGCGAUCCUCGUGGCGGCUACGGCCCUUCACUGGGCCGCCAAGAUGGCAAUCAGCUGAACUGCCCCUCUCCGGUGUUAUAGCUACUGACAGCUUAAAGCGGAUCUCCGGCGAUAUUUCUGAACUGCCCGAACGAACACACGUUUUCGAAAUAUCCAGGAUUUGCUCUUUCCGGCAUGCUAUUUAUUAUCUCUAGAUUCAAAAUAGCCAUUGAGAAAACGGCAGAUGAAGGUGAUGCAAAAACCAACAUUCAAAUUUUCCCGCCCUCUCCGGUGGGGUGCGGUCACAUUGUGUAUAACUUGCAAGUCAAGCAGGCAGUUAAAAAGAAAAAAGAAACGCAGCAUUUUUAGCACGUUUUUUUUUCCUGUUGCUGGCAUGUGUUUAAGCAGCGUUCAUUUCACAUCAUUGCAUUAAACGUCUUUUAACCCGCAAGGAACAAGCUGUGCUGACCUCGUAUUGCCCCCACUGAUCUCUAUUGUAGUAGGCUGAAUCGCGGAUCGACGCUUGUCUUGCGAGUACCACCACAGGCAGCCAUCACUUGACACCAGCUAAUGCAUAGGGUCCUAUGGAAAAAACGAGAAAGAGUGCCAUUUCCCCCAUUUCUAAGCUGUUGUCGGCACUGAAACUUUUUGACUGUUCUUCGGGAAGCCUAUCAAAUAGGUUGCACAAACAUUAAAACUGACAGCCCUCACAGUUCUUAUAAAUAAAUGUUUUGCGAUCAAGAGUGACUCCGCUGGGCGAAAAAUGUAAUGCCGCUCAGUGAGACAAGAGCUGCCUAGAGUAACCGCGGAGUUGGUGGCGGCUUCGAUGAGUUUGGUUUAGUAGACAACAAGCUUGAACGAUUUGCUACGCGGAACUCGCUCACUCCCAGAAUGCCGCUGAUGCCGCUAUAAACCUAGAACCUUUUCGACACUCAUCAACUUCUGGGCUUCCCCGAGGACAGCAAGCUUGCCAGUUUAGCCGUGGGUGCUCUGGCAGGUUUGAUUUUUUAAUGGGCGUUCAAACGCUUGAAAAAUAUUGAUUCGACCUCCUAACACCCGAUAUAAUGAUCGGAGCGCACCAUAAAAUACUCGCCUUCGAGCACAGCGUAUAAGCUUCAAUAUUCCUACUUGUGUGUUUUUGUCCCAUAGACUUGCGUUUAUUGCCUGGUGUCAGGUAAUGAACGCCGGUGGUGCCACCGACGGGCUCCCAAUCCGCGAUCCAGCCUACAACAAUAGAGAUCAGUGAUCUCUAUUGUAUCACAAUAGAGAUCAUAUUACAUCUGACUUCACGUUUCCAGUGUUGCCAGUGCAGCCUCUCAGCCUCUCAGACAAAGUUUAAAACGUCAACAAGUUCGCGAAAAAAAAAAAAAAAAAAGAAACGUUAUUGGCCCUGUAAGUGAUGACGUCACAACAUGGCGCUGUGCUCCAAACAAACCGUUGCUAUGGCCUUUGCUGUGGACAAAUGCAAGGGGGCUCGAAAAAAGGUUAAGAUUUGUAUGAUAAAGAAAUAAUAUAUAUUAUUGUUUUCUUUAGCACUGGCUUCUCAAUAUUGUAUCAUAAAUACUUUUUUCUUUCUACUAUUUCAGUGCCAUAGAAAGAUGAUAAAAGCCUGUAAUAAAGAUUUACACCUGUAUUUAUUUGCUAGCGGACGACACGAUGGCUUCGUGGGUCUAUUGGUCUUUUCUGAUAGAGCAGGCGACUGCGUUGCAUUAAGUUGGUGACAAGCGACGAAACUUUUAUUAUCAGGGACAACUUUGUGUGGUAUUUCGGAAGCGAUGAGUGCCCGUGCCCAUCUUUGAUCGAGGCUCGAGGUGUACGAGCUAGCCGGCGGACGCCUCCCGGAAAGGCUUUGAUAUCCCAGAGAGGGGUGAAAACAUGUCAUCACGUAAUGAUGAUAAGUUACGACAAUGACGUGAAGAGUAUCAACUUCGAAGUGUAGGCCACCACGCGUUUCAAAUAGUUAUGACGACACAGAGUGCUGUUGCUUCACGAUCUGUCCGUAACAUAAACUUACCUGACAUUCUUACCCACUUAAUUAUUUCCCUUUUUUGGGGGGGUCUUGCUGGAAACGUAAGAACCAGCGUUAUUUUUUUUUCUUUUUUGCUCGCUGUGGUGGUUACAAGCGGAUACGAAAGACACUCCCAUAUCGCGAGCCUUCAAACAAAAUUUGUGGUUUUGAAUCAAUCACGUUUGAGUCAAAUGAACAGACCUAUCUCACAAAGCGUUCCAUGCAUGCGUGACGCCGCCAUAACUGUAGCUCACAAGAGGUAGGCGCCCAUGCACGAGACAACUCGUACCGUCUCGUGCUCUGCUCGAGCAGACCUCCAUCGGUGUUGGCGCGCGUGCAGAAAGACUACAGAUCCUAUGAUGCAUGCACGGUGACAGCAGUGGCGUACACAAACAAAAUGCACGUCAACCUGAAAAAUCAAAAGGAGAGCCUUAUGCUGCUUUAUUAUCAUGAAAUAAACCUAUCUAAACAGAUGUAUCCCUCGCCAAUGCGAAACCAUCAUUUUUUUUUUUUUUUGCAGCCGAUUUUUAUACGUGUGAUACGUUUCGUCUGAAUCCUGUAUCGCGCACAAAUACAAUUCGCCUUUAUAAAUCUGAUUAGUUCUUUAAGACCUUUCAUGUUCCUCAUAAAGAUACGAUCAAAAUCCUAUCAUUAAGCGAAUGACUCAGUCUGUUGCAGAUGGUAUAUUUGUUAUUCCGCAUGCGUUCGUCGUCUGCCGCUGGCAUCUCGAGGCGGUCUCGAGGACCAGAAGGUGCCGUCGCAGAUAUUCCAGAAAUAACCGAUUUCCGGCACUUUUCUGUCCUGGUAAGUGACAGACCAAGGCUUCCGAUAUCGAUUUUUUUAUAGACGUUUAAAUCCCACGUUCGAGUUUUGAACGAACGUACCUUCGGAGUGAAACCCAAUCCCGUGUAUUCGUCCAUAGCAACGCCCCUAGCAACUGUUUGUUUGGAGCGGUGGCGUCACACUUACGGGGUCAAUUGUGACUUGUAACUUCGGUUACUGGCUCAGGUGUCUCUAUUAAUAUGUUGAACCGAUUUUGAGGCCAAUCAAUGAGUAUUGAAAUUUUCGCAUUUAAGAAACGCAGUGCGAGAUGAUCCUGAACAUCGUUUUUAUCACUCCGCAGUCAAUGAGGACGGAGAAGUCGCAAAACAAGAAGCGUGAAUGUAAGCGUGAACCUGCUUAUGUUCACGCUUAAACAAGAAGCGUGGAUCGUUUUUUAAGUUGUCAGUGGCUAUAAUGUCGCGUUGUUUCUCGAGUUACCUCAUCCUGUUCACCGGAAGUGUCGAUCAUUUGAGUGAAAUACGACUUUCCCGCCCACCAUACUAAAAAAAAAAAAAAACAAUUCAGUCUUCAGUUACGAAGUCUUUCAUGGUCUCUCGUAAAUUCGUGGAACGAGAACUGUUUUCAUGCUAGAACCUCUGGAACCGUGAUUUUGAAAAAAAGGUGGAUUGCCGGUUCGUGAGCUUUCCGCACGAGCUGCGCGUGAGGGGGGAACGAGAGAGCGAGAGCACUUCGCUCCAAAGAAUGCCUUCAUCGAACGAGCUCUCGCGGAGUAGAAGCAGCACGUGCCCCUACCAGUGGCUUUGUAAUCGGCAAUUAAAAAAUUGGUGCAUUACCCGAAGCAAAAAUACCACAAAAAAAAUUUUUGUAUGCACAAACACAAAUAUAUAUUAUAUAUAUAUUGAUUUUUUUUUUUUGUUUUUGUUUAUUUGUGGAUGUCGUCCUCAUUUUUCUAUAGGCUUUCCGACAAAUUCAAGAAUAUAUAUCGUAAUCUACGAAUCUGAUAUAAAAUGUUAUGAAUCGUAAACUUGUCAAUGCGGGUUAUAAUGUAAUUAGUUAUAAUGAAAUAUUACGGAAUAAUUUCUUGAUAUGAGGGAACUUGCUGCAUGGUGUCAAUGAAUUCCUGUAUAAAAAGAUUACUGUCGUGCAUGAUCACGUUCUCUCCAUGGCCAACUUUCUGGGACAUUCCGCUGAAUAAGCAUUUUUCAAUGAAAUGUCAAAAAUUCUGAUUGACGUUCUACGAUGCCCAGACCAUUACAGUCCUUGGGAACAUCACGAUCUUUUCUCAAGAGAAACAGAAAUUUAUCAUUUUUUCCAUGUGGCCCCUAAGAAUUUAAUUAACGCAAAAACGAUUUGUAGUGCCGUAGAAUAAAAGAACUUACGCGUCCAAAUUUUUAAUUACUGCCUAUUACUAUUUAUUUUAUAACUGUGAUAUAAGAUAAUCCCGGGGAACAUUGCGAUGUUUGUAGUUGAGUUGAAAUUCUCAUUUGGGUGCAUGUGCCGAGGAGCUGAUGUCCAAGAAAGUUGGUGAUGCGUGUAGAUUAGGGGAAGGUAGCGAUCUGUGGAGAAGGGUCGCUUUUUUAUGCUAUUUUCUGCAGAAAUAACUUGUCAAUCGAAGUAUUGAUUAAUUUUCACCGAUUUUUCUUGGUGCUUACUAAGUAGUGCUGUUCACAGUCAUCGAUGAAUCCAUCUUGCACUCGUCGAAGAUAUUUAGGGAGUGCACCAGUGAAAUAUUUGAUAGUUUUUAGUUAUAUUUUUGCAUUAAAAAUUUAAUACCUGUCGCACUUGACUGAAUUGUAAUGAACAUCGGACAGUACUUUCGAUAUGUAUAAAUUAACCUACACUGCCAAUAAAUGUGAAGAUCUUUGACUUUGUCAA